AUGAGGCUCAAUGUCAUUUUGGUUUUGAUUCAUGAAUCACAUUUUUUAGUUACUUCGCCAAACAUCACGACAGUCUCCAUGCCCUACGAAGAAAAUUACACGUUACAAAGGAUCGAAAGCCUCGGCUACCAUAAUAUCCACAUCUCACAGAUUUUCUACGCAAUUACGCAUGAAGUCAGAGAUCUGCAAUACCCAGUCUUUCGUGGACCGCCCAGAAAAGAACAUUGGGAUAAUGCUCUCUAUCUCUUCAAAGAAUAUCUUGCACCAGUCAUCCUUUCUUCUCAAAGGGCUGCUGCCGCUGCUGCUGCUGCUGCUCCUGGCCCUUCAACUAUUACAUCUGUAUGCACUAAUCAAGACCCUAACAGUAACUUUUCAGAAAGAUCGGAAAGGCCAGAAAGGUCGGAAAGGGUCAUGGAUUUUGAAAAGAAUCAGCAAGAUCAAUAUGUCAAGCAGCUCUCUCCUACUGAUGUCGGCUAUGCACAGCGCACUAUUUCUUGCAUGGUCCGAUAUGCACCUACUCCAGACGAAGCGAGGCGUAUCUAUGGAUUUUAUCUCAUGGACUGCCUACCUCCUGUGAGGAACGAUGAGACCACUGACAAUUGCCUUAUCUCGUUAAUCUACCAAUAUGGGCUCGUGAGAAACGAUAAUAUACAGAGCGAAGGACUGGAGUUGAUCAGGAUUGCACUAUCUCGUGGUAUUGGUCUGCCAGAUUUCAAAGUUAGGAAAAGUCAAUUUAGUAGAAAUGAGAAUACUGGGAAAUCAGAUAAAAUAUUGGCCAAUGUCAGCAAAAAAAUUUUGUCUCGAGCAGGUCUCCAGAUCUCAAACGACGGCCUUGAGUUGGUGUUGGUGAAACCCUCGUCUGCUUAUCGUAGGCCACAGCGAAUUACAACUCAGUUUCCUCAAGCGAAAACAACGCAACCACAGUUACAGACAAAUCACUGGACUUCAGAACAACCUCAGUCGCCACCAUACCAGCAACAACAUGAGCAAAAACAUCAACAUCAGCACCAAGAACAACGUCAGGAACAACGUCGGGAACAACGUCACGAACAACGUCGGGAACAACAUCAGGAACAACAUCAGGAACAACAUCAGGAACAACACCAGCAACACUAUCAACAACAUCAGCAGCAGCAGCAGCAGCAGCAGCAACAACAACGUCAGCAACCACAUCAGCAACCACAUCAGCAAGAACGCCGGCAGCACCACCAGCGCCAGCAUCACCAUCAGCAACAGCAAAGCCAGAAACGGCAGCAACAUCAGCAACAACGGGGAUCAUCAGUUGAUCAACUUAAUAUUAAUCAACAGCGAACCCAGCCAUCAAAUGAGCAGUUCGAGGCGCAAACAAUGAGCUCACGAGGUCAGUCAAACCGAGGUGGUCGACAGAGGUAUCGUCACUCCCAUGUGCCUUUGAGCCCGUCUUUGUCAAAUGUGUAG